AUGAGUAAAGUUUUAUAUAAAAUCUAUGGUAUAGGAAAUGAUAUAGUAAAGAUAUCUAGGUUUAGCAAAAACUCUGACAAUGAAAGGUUUCUAAGACGAGCGUUUCAUCAACAAGAGAUUGAUAGAUUCUAUCAUCUAAAGACUGUCAAUCAAGAAAAGGCAUUACAGUAUCUCGCCGGUAGAUGGGCAGCAAAAGAAUCAGUGUACAAAGCAUUUAGAGGUAUCGACCGAUCAAGACUACCUUUUCCAAAUAUCAAGAUUGCCUCUAGAGAUGAUGGUAGUCCAGUAGUUGAAUUACAAGAUAGUACUAUGGAAUUGGCAAAUCAAUUGAAUAUUGCAAACAUUCAUCUAUCUAUUUCACAUGAUGAAGAUUAUGCUAUUGCAAAUGUAAUCUUGGAAGAAAAAUUAAUAUUAGAUCAACAACAUCAACAACGUCAAACAGAUCAUUGUUUUAUUACUGAUGAUAUUGGUAAUAAUAGUCGGUCUAAAUAA